AUGGUUCACCUGAAUGUCUGCAGUGGACUGACUUCCCAUAAGAUCCAGCUAUUUUCAGAAAAAUUCAGAACCUGCAUUGUGCUUUCUGGUGUGCAUGCAGUCAUUGCACGAUGGAAGUCCCUGUCAGUGUCUGUGGCAGAAGUCCUUUCACCUCUGCCACCUGGCGGUUCCCAUAGUGGUGGUGUGACCUUUGAGGACAUUGCCGUGUACUUCUCCUGGAAGGAGUGGAGGCUUCUUGAUGAGGCUCAGAGACGGCUGUACCACCAUGUGAUGCUGGAGAACUUUACGCUUAUAUCCUCAUUGGCUCAGUCUUCCCGGAAGACCCACCCCUGUGAGAUGUGUGGUCCAGUCCUGAGAGACAUUUUCCACUUGGCUGCGCACCAGGGAAAAGAAAACAGCCAGAAGCUGUUGAGGUGUGGGGCCUGUGGGAAACGAUUUUAUUUCAGUGUAAAGUUUCAGCAGCAGCAGGAGCAGCACGUGGGAGCAGAACCCUCCAGAAGCCGUGUGGACAGGGCCUCUGUUGUGAAGAGCUGGGGAUUCCAUGGUUCAGGAAAGCCCUUUACCUGUGGAGAAGUUCAGAAGGACUUCCUGUCUGGCUCGGGGCAUCUGCAGCAAGAGGCCACUGAUACUGGGGAGAAGGCACACACGAUCACCCAGCGCAGGGCAACUUUACAAAGCAGAAAAAGUCAUGACACCUGGGGAGAAUGCAAGAACGCCUUUGGUCCCAAACACGCACAUAUUCAGGAGCAGGGUGUCCACCUUGGAAGACAGUCCUUUGUGUGCAGUGAAUGUGGGAAAACAUUCAGGUACAAAUCUUUAUUUGCCAUACACCAGAGAUACCACACUGGAAAAACAUACGAGCUUGGUCAAUGUGGAAAAUCGCUUAAGCAGACGCCAACCCUGAACGAACACGGAAAGACUCACAGUGCAUCCAGGCAGUACACGUGCAGCAAAUGUGGGAAAUCCUUAGGCCGCAAAUCUGUCCUCAUUCAUCCCCAGGGAUGGCACAGUGGAGUGAAGAGUUACGUUUGCAGUGGAUGUGCAAAAGCUGUUAGCUGUAGCCCAGUGUUGAUUACUCAUAGGGUUGAGUCUGGAGAAGGGUUUUAUAAGUGUCAUGGCUGCCCAAAAUCUUUUCCCUCUAUGUCUGCCCUCUCAUAUCAUCAGAGAUCUCAUGCAGGGGAAAGACGGUAUGAGUGCAGUGAUUGUGGGAAAUCUUUUACCAGUAGUUCUGCCCUCCGUUCUCACCAGAGAGUUCACACUGGUCAAAAGCCUUAUAAAUGCAAUGAAUGUGAGAAAUCUUUUGCUGGUAGUUCUGCCCUACGUUAUCACCAAUCAAUUCAUAGUGGAGUAAGGCCUUAUGUGUGUGGUGAAUGUGGGAAAUCUUUUGCUGGUAGUUUUAUCUUACGUUAUCACCAGAGAGUUCACACUGGAGAAAGACCUUAUGAGUGCAGUGAAUGUGGCAAAUCCUUUAUCCGAAAAACGAGCCUCAGUGUACACAUAAAGGUUCACUCAGGUGAAAGGCCUUAUCAGUGUAAUGAAUGUGGGAAAAAUUUUACUGCUAGUUCUGCCCUCCGUCAUCAUCAGAGAGUUCACACUGGAGAACGGCCUUUUGAGUGCUGUGAAUGUGGGAAAUCUUACACUGCUCGUUCUGCCCUCCGUUCUCACCAGAGACUUCAUACUGGGGAAAGGCCUUAUGAGUGCCGUGAAUGUGGGAAAUCUUUUACUUUUAGUUCUGCCCUAUCUUCUCACCGGAGACUUCAUACUGGACAAAGGCCUUAUGAGUGCUGUGAAUGUGGGAAAUCUUACACUGCUAGUUCUACCCUCCGUUCUCACCAGAGACUUCACACUGGAGAACGUCCUUAUGAGUGUCGUGAAUGUGGGAAAUCUUUUACCAGUAGUUCUGCCCUCCGAUAUCACCAGAGACUUCACACUGGACAAAAGCCUUAUAAGUGCAGUGAAUGUGGCAAAUCUUUUAUCACUAGUGACAUUCCUUGUGCCUUCCUGUGCCUGAAAUUGGAGGCAUUCAGACUUCACACUGGACAAAAGCCUUAUAAGUGCAGUGAAUGUGGCAAAUCUUUUAUCACUAGUAAUCAACAUCGUGCUCACCAGAGAGUUCACAGUGGAGAGAGGCCUUACGAAUGCAGUGAAUGUGGUAAAUCCUUUCCCCGAAAAGAUAGCCUCAGUGUACACAAAAAGGUUCACUCAGGUAAACGGCCCUAUGAGUGUAAUGAAUGUGGGAAAUCAUUUACUGCUAGUUCUGCCCUCCAUCGUCACCAGAGACUUCACACUGGAGAAAGGCCUUAG